AACCCAAAAUAAGAAUCCACUUUCUCCCUUUCUCCGAACCCACUCCCUCGUCCCCACCCGUUCAAAUCAAAGCAAGAUCCAGCUGUCCCCAGAGGGUGGAAUGAAGGGGCGGCGGUGAUGGAGAAGGCAGAGGAAGAGUUAGAGAGGAGAAGCAAGUUCUUGAACAGCUUGAUACUGAGGAAGAAGGGCGGCGCGGAGGGGGAGCAGAAAGACGACAUCCGGCCUCAGCCCCAACAACAGAAGGCCAUCCUCCGCGUGAGGGCCUCCGACAUGCCCUUAGCCCUCCAGAACAGGGCCUUUAGGUGCGCAACCAGCUGCCUUGACUCCAUGCCCUCUCCCAAGCUUGACAGCAAACGCCUCGCACUUGCUCUCAAGAAGGAAUUCGACUCUGCAUAUGGUCCGGCAUGGCAUUGCAUCGUAGGAACAAGUUUCGGCUCGUACGUUACGCAUUCCCUGGGAGGAUUUUUGUACUUCUCGAUCGACAAGGUUUAUAUUCUUCUGUUUAAAACUGCUGUAAAGCCUUUAAAUCAAUGACUGUCUCCUCUAGAUUCCUUGUAAUUUUGGAAUUUUUGCUGUGGAACUCCUUGUUCGUGAGUCAACUGUCAUUUGGAAAAGUUGAAUGAACAGAAAUGCCAAAU